CGUCCUUGUGCCAGCGAUCAGUCGAUUACUCGUGACAAUUUUGUCCAUCUGAUAAUAAUUAUCUUAACUUUAUAACCUAUUAAAGGAUUAUUUAUUAUAUAUAUUGCUUUAUGCCUUUUAUAUAUAAAUAUAUAUUAAGAUCAUAGAACUGGAGCAAACAGUUAAUUUUAAAAAAAGUGUAGUAUCAGCUGAUAACUAGUUAUAAGACUUAUAAAGUCAAAAAAAACAAAAAAAUCACGGCCUUGAAGCACGUGGCAAAAUGAUCCCAAAAAAAUUAACUGCAUUAUUAAUAUGCAUACUUGUAUUGAUCGUGUUAAAUUUAUAUUUUGGUUACGCUUCAUCUGGAAAUGGCAUUGAGCCUUUGAUAUCAAGUACCGAGGAUUAUCAUAUAUCAUUGAUAAAAAAAGCAUUGAUCAGCGUGGUUUUAACUUACUCUUGUGUUGCCACAUCGUAUGUUAUUCUUAACAAGACUUUUGACUAUGCAAAAAUUGAAGGUAUAUCAAUUUAUUUUCAAUUAAUGAUAGUAUGUUGGUUAUCAUGGCCCUUCGAAGGAUUAGAUGUUUUUCUUGACAUGAAAUUAAAUAAGAUCUGUAAAUGGCUACGCAGGUGUGAAUUCGUCUGCUGGUCAACACAUGUUAUUAUCACUGAGUUUAAGCGUCACUCCCCCAUGAUAAAUCCAGCUGACAAUGGAAUUGUUUACAGUUGUUAUGAAAAAUUUGAGAAUAUGAUGUUUUGGAAAUGGAUAUUAUUAUUGGGCCAAGUUAUCAUUGGUUUAUUUCCAUAUCCAAUUAUUAUGCUGGCAGUAUUAAACUUUGGUUUGGAAGUGAAAAAUAUCAAUUGGUCAACUGGGUUUACGUCACUAUUACGAGUUGGUAGCACACUUCUCAGAUUUGCUCUUAGCAACAGAUUAAAUAUGGUCGUACUCAUGGAUGCUUAUUGCACCAUUUUUCCAACUUGGCCUAUGGCUGGUGGGUUUGCAGUUACAGUCCUUAUAAUGCGUGUCACCCGAGGACUGAUGGCAUUAUUAACUUAUAUAAUUCUCAAAUACAUCUAAUUUUUUAUUAAUGCUCAUUUAACAUAAAAAUUAUUAAUAUAUUUAAACAAUAUCAUUUAAUAUCAAACUACACUUGAAAUAAUGAUUG